AUGAAAACCAUUGAUUAUAGCUCUGAAAUGAGCUUUAUAGAGCGUCAUGAAGAUAUUAAACAUCUCUACGUGAUUAAAAAGGGGUUUGUACCUAAUAUGCAAGUAGAAGGACACGUUUUUGCCAAUGAAAAUCUCUCGAACUUACUAUUUGAUGAGUUAAAACAAUAUAGUAAAGAACCUGGUUCGUUUUUGCCUGCUUUGAAACAAUUGGCAAAUGUGGCUGCGUUACCCGGAAUUGUUAAGAAUAGCAUUGCCCUUCCAGAUGCACACUCAGGUUAUGGAUUCUCCAUUGGAAAUGUAGCUGCCUUUGAUAUGGACGAUGAACAAUCUGUUGUUUCUCCUGGCGGAGUUGGAUUUGACAUAAACUGCGGCGUUAGACUGAUACGCACAAACUUGCUAUUAAGUGAUAUUGAGCAUUUAAAGGAGGAUCUUGUUCAGAGGUUGUUUGAUUAUAUUCCUGUUGGUGUUGGAUCAGAAGGGAAAAUUCCAUGUAAAUAUAAAGAUCUCGAUGAUAUAUUACAAUAUGGUAUGGAUUGGACAGUAUCAAACGGCUAUUCUUGGGCUGAAGAUAAGGAACAUUGUGAAGAUUUUGGGAGAAUGAUACAGGCUGAUUCCUCUAAAGUCUCUCAAAGAGCAAAAAAGAGGGGAUUAGCACAAAUAGGAACCUUGGGUGCGGGAAAUCACUAUGCGGAAAUCCAGGUUGUUGAAGAUGUAUAUGAUGAAUUUUCUGCAAGAACGAUGGGAAUAGAUAAAAAGAAUCAAGUUUGUAUAAUGAUUCACUCCGGUAGUAGGGGAUUAGGUCACCAAGUGGCUUCGGACGCUCUUGUGGAUAUGGAAUCAUCACUGGAUAUUAAAGUAAAUGACAGUCAACUAGCAUGCGCAAGAAUUAAUUCUCCGGAGGGUACCAAAUAUCUAAAAGCAAUGGCUGCAGCUUCAAAUUAUGCUUGGGUAAACAGGAGUGUCAUGACUCAUUUAACCAGAAAAGCAUUUUCCGAUGUUUUAAAAGAAUCUGCAGAUGACUUAGACAUGCACCUAGUGUAUGAUGUAUCCCAUAAUAUCGCAAAAAUAGAAGAACACUGUAUUAACGGGAAACACAAGAGAUUACUAAUGCACAGAAAAGGUUCUACAAGAGCAUUUCCACCAUUCCACCCUAUGAUAUCGGCUGAUUUCCAACUCAUUGGUCAACCGGUGCUGGUGGGAGGAACCAUGGGAACAUGUUCUUACGUUCUAACAGGAACACAGCGAGCUAUGAACCUGACCCUUGGAUCUACAUGUCACGGGGCUGGCCGUUCAUUGAGCAGAAACAAGAGUAGGAGAAUUCUUAACCACAAGGAAGUUUUAUCGAACUUACAGGAAAGAGGAAUUUCGAUUAGGGUCGCAUCUCCAAAGUUAAUCACUGAAGAAGCUCCGGAAUCCUACAAGGACGUCUCCGAAGUUGUACAAACAUGUCAUGAAUCUGGAAUCUCAAAAAUGUGUGUCAAACUUAGGCCCAUUGCAGUAAUUAAGGGAUGA